UUUCUUUUUUUUUGUAUUUUCCAUAUUAAUUGCUGUCCACAACCCAGCUUCAUCGGUACAUUUCUACACUGAGACUCGCGACUCUUUAUGGGCAUGUGACGUUUCCAUACACUCUGUCUCUCACGUGGGUGUGUGUGUGUGUGUGUGUUUGAGUGUGACGGCGUAUUGUGCGCGCGCUUCCCUGACUCUCCACAGUCCCGUGGAGCUGUUGUUCCCAGAGAGCAGCCAGGAGGACAAUCAGACGGACUGCUGGAUUAGAGCGACAAAAGAGAAAGUGCUGUCUCCAAAUAAAAAAGUCUUCUUUGGCUCUCAUCGCUCCUCGUUUUUUUCUUCUUUUUUUGAAUCAUCGCUCUUUCGGGAGAUCCUUAAACGGUUUCCGCGGCGGUGCACAGACCGGUAUGGAUUUACCAGAGACUAGACGAGACACGCCGUCUAGUCCUCCACCAAAGUUUUGAUUGUCACCGCUGCCUCUCGACCCCGGAGCAGAGGGAAGGCGCCCAAACUUUGACGCAGCAUUUGUGGAAAGCGGAGACCACAUGUGAGGACGUUUGGAGACACAUAUUUAGUCGGAGCGUCUUUUCGCUGCUCUUUCCUACAUCUCUCAUGGGGUGACCCACAUAGAGCUCCUUAGACGUGACUGUGGCACAGGCCGUCUCCCUCACAGCCGGGGCCGUCUCCCCAUCUGCUCCUGAAAGGCAAUGAUUAUCGACUGAGAUGCUCUGCACGACUCCACUGGGUGAAUGAAUCUUUGCCGUAAAGCCGCUGUGCUCUGCCACCCUGUCACCAUGAAGAGCAAGUACUCCCAAUAUUACAACCAGAGCCUGAUCCCCUCCUACUAUGCCUUUGCUAAGAACAUGACCAUCGAUGAGCUGACCAAACAUACUGAGCAAAAGAAAACGCUCACCAGCCUCAACAUCGCCAUCGUGGUCCUCUGCACCUUCAUCAUCCUGGAGAAUCUGCUGGUCCUCAUCGCUGUCUGUCGCAACAAGAAGUUCCACUCCGCCAUGUUUUUCUUCAUCGGCAACCUGGCGUUCUCUGACCUGCUGGCAGGCUCGGCCUACAUAGCCAACAUUUUCCUGUCGGGGCCGAGGACUUUUGACCUGAUGCCCGUGCAGUGGUUCAUCCGGGAGGGCACGGCGUUUAUCGCUCUGGCGGCUUCAGUCUUCAGCUUGCUGGCGAUAGCUACGGAGCGCUAUAUUGCAAUCACCAAGGUCAAGGUGUACGGCUCCACCAAAACGUGCCGCAUGUUCCUCCUGAUAGGAGCCUGUUGGGUCACCUCCAUCCUGCUCGGAGGACUUCCCAUCAUCGGCUGGAACUGCAUCGACAACCCCAGUGAAUGCUCGACGGUGUUGCCGCUUUACUCUAAGAAAUACAUCCUCUUCGUUGUCACCAUUUUCAGCCUCAUACUGCUCUCUAUUGUCAUCCUCUACGUGAGGAUCUAUUUGAUUGUACGCUCCAGCCACCAUGAGGCGACCAACUUGCCGGCCUACGCCCUUUUGAAAACAGUCACAAUAGUGCUGGGUGUCUUCAUCAUGUGCUGGCUGCCCGCUUUUAUCAUCCUCCUCCUGGAUUCGUCAUGCAGGAUACAGUUCUGCUCUAUCCUCUCCAAAGCAGACCUCUUUUUUGGCUUUGCCACUCUGAACUCAGCACUUAACCCCGUGAUCUACACGCUGCGCAGCAAGGACAUGAGGAAGGAGUUUCUGCGUGUGUUGUGCUGCUGGGGGAUGCUGCAAAGCGGGCGGCCAGCCGACCGUUGUCUGGUCCCUCUGAAGAGCUCCAGCUCUCUGGAACACUGCACCAACAAACAUGAAUACCAGACCACACCAAUCAUGCAGGACUGUACCACCUGUGUCUGAUACGGUGCGAACACAUCAGAGUGAAUGUGUGUGUGAAUGAGAGAGUGUUAGUGUGUGUGUGUGUGUGUGUGUGUGUGUGUGUGUGAGAUAAAGAAGAGAGGCCGUGCUGUGAUGCAGAGAUGUUUAAAAAAAGACACUCUGGACUGAGACGCCUGGCAAGGCUACAACGCGGCCUUUUUCUUAUUACAAUCAAAAUUGUGUGAAUUCACAAUCAGCAUUCAAUCGAUUGCAGCGUGUGCAAAAACACAAUGUUUCAAGAGGGAACCAAUUCAGCAGGAAGGAACUGUCAGAAAUGUGAAAAGAGCUUUUUUUUUCAUGGGUACUCUCAUAAAUUAAUACGGAGUUGCAAACCAUCGUCAUGUAUAUGCCUGUCGUCUUGUUUUUCUUUCUAAACAUGUAAACCCCUAUUAAAACGCCAGAAUUAGAAACAUAACCAACGUAAUAUUGUAGUUAUGGUGAGUUGCUUUGGUCCUUUCAGCAACUGCAGCUAUGCAAAGCUUGCAAAGUUGCACUUUGUAGAUUACUUCAGAGAUUGUUGUCGUUCGUUAGGUUUGAACAACUUUACUCUCCUGUACUGAUAAGUGUAAACAUCAGGCCCACCGAUCCAUCACUUGCUCUUCACAGAGCUGGAGACGGCGAUCAGCUUCACUCACCACUGAACUCCAGUGAAGCCAAGUUACCACGAGUGCUCCCUCAACUAAAACCAGGGCUAUAUAUUCCCCAUAUAACCUUGCUUAAACCAUUUGAUUAACUACAACAAAUUUACAUAAUCUGCUUACAUUUAAUGCAUGAGAUUCUAACUUAUUUGUAAGUGCUAAUGUAUGUACGAUAUAUUCCAGCUCCAGCUUCCAUCACUAACACCCCUUCCCUCAUCUGUUCUCAUAAUCUGUCCCACUUGCUUUUACUGUUGUCUUUUGUAUCUUAACAGUUUCCGUCGAGGAAGGCCUAAUCAGAAAGCACAUUUCCUGAAGUGAGUUGGCACUGAUGCGUUUCAUUCAAUGUCAGCUGUCCAGCAGCUUUGACCAAUGGGGCCGAUGUCCUGACAGUGUUGGAGCAACGUAGCAACAAUGUGCCGUCUCUGUUUUUGCCUUCCUCUUGGGGAAAUUAGGCUGAAUGUAUGUAUGAAGUGUUUGGGGCAGGCGCUCCAUUGUCGACAGUAUUAUUGAUCAUCCUUUUGAAUUACCAAGUCAUUGACGAGCAGAGUGGGAUGAACAGGGUAGGUCACUCUCACUGUGAAGUCUUAAAUAGCACCAUGAACAAAACAAACAAUGUUGUGAACAUCCUGGUUUAAUUUGUUGGCCAUAUGCCUUGUGCAGCUAAAGAUGUAAACACGUCUCAUCUUUCCAAAGACCCCUCUCCUCCACUACAAAAUACGAGAAGAUCCGGUUCCAAAUGCACAGAGUGAGGAGGGGGAGGGGGGGAGGAUCUGCCCUCCUGGGAGGUCACCUUCAUCCUCAUCUCUGAUGUCCUACAACAUGUCACUUCCUGCAGCCACAGGAAGUCCUGUUUUUCAUUGUCCGGUUCCUGUUGUUCAGGGUUACACUAACCGUUUUCCUGUGGACACACAAUUAAAACUCUUCUCUCCCUCAGUGUUUUUGGUAUUGACAUUUACAUUUAGAUGACCAAGUAGAAAUGGUGAAAAGCACUUUGGCAGCUUCAGUGAUGUUUGCUUUCCCCCAGUUUUGUUAUUUUUAUUUUCAGAUGGAGAGGUGUUUUAAACUGUGUACCUGUCCCUUCAUUGUGUUGCUUGACUCUGUGAUGUUUUAUAAUAAAUACAUGAAUAACUAUGUAUGUUUGUAUGGAAGAAUGUAUGUAUUUUUGUGCAGUAUGUAUGAUUUGUGUUGUAUGAAAUGUCUCGUGUGCAAUAGCCUUUUGUGUCCAAUAGCACGCUGCCUGUGUUAAAUCGGUACAAUCUGAAACACUAAUGUAGGUACAUAAACGUUUUGUUAAUUGCAUUCCCUUUUUUUAUAAAAUAAAUGAAAAACUGAAAGAAA